CCACUGCAGCAGAGUUUCCAUUCCAACGAACAUUUCAAUUUUGUUUUUGAGCGAAUAAGGAAAACUUCUUUUUCCUCACUGAGAGGUAACUUCUUUCAGUUUGUCUGGUGAGCUGACACCUCAGAGUGUUUGGUUUUCACUGGCUCCACUGAACUGAUCAUGGGUGUCAAUAGGACUGCAAAUUGUUCAACGAGUUACUCGUUACCUGACAGAUUUCUUGAAGGUGUCAUCCUGUCCUUCUCAUUGUCUGUCGUGAUCGGGAUUGUCAUCGGGGCAUUCUUCUGGAUUGCCAUCACCUGCCUGGCCCGCAGGAAGCAGGCCAGCGCUUCCAUCUCCUCAUCCAGCAGCCAGCGCAACCGAUCCUCAUCCCACAACGUCAUGCUGACCAGGACCGGCUUCUACCGCAGCAACAGCUACGACAGGCACGGUGACAAUAACCUAGCCUUAGCCAAUACACUGGCCUUCCAACGGCAAGCCUCCCAAGACCAGGCUGACACCUACGAGAGGAAGUCCACUUUCCGAGCCUCCACCUUCCACCCUUUUGCUGAAAUGCCCUUGGCAGACGGGCUGGACAGAAUGCAGUCCUCCUCUGGCUUGCUUGGCACUGACACCUCAUCCACACUCAACUGCAGCCUGGGCUACCAGGAGCAGCACUGGUCAGAGGCCCGACACUACGAUUGUCACUCAUCCCAGACCCCACCUCCUGCAUACGAUUUUGUGGUGGAACCCAGUAAAGAGUCUCUACCAUGAUGCUCCGCCUCUACAUUUGAGGCUCGAUGGAUUCUCAAUGUUUGUAAUUUAAUACGUCUAUAUUGGGAGGGAUUGGUUGGUGCCUUUACAAACUGUGCAAAAGCACACAAUGCAACAUGGAAAUCCUCGAGGCAGGGCAUAUAGAGAGAAACUGUUCCCACGGCAUGAAGGGUCAAGAAUCAGAAGUGCACAGAUGAUUGGCAAAAGCAAUAUUGACAAUACAAAAAAAGUUUUUCCGAUGAAGUGAUCAGAGAUGCACAGUUUGAAAGGAUGACUGAGGCUUUGAGAACCUAAACUUUCAAAAGAGGAGUUGGUCAAAGAGAAAAUAUUUACAGAGCUAGGGGCAAAGGGCAGAGAAGUGGAACCAUCUAAGUUGCUUUUGCAGAGAACCAGUAUAGACUCAUUGGGCUGAAUGACCUCCUUCUAUACUGUAACCAUUCAAUAAUUCUGUGCCAAGUAUUGUAAAAAUUAAGUGAUUCUAAUAGUUGCAGUGACAAGAAAAGCUCGCUUUCAUAGAGCAUCUGCCCCUAUCUCCGUAUGAGCCAAAGUAUCCCACAUUAAAUGGUGUGUUUCUCAAAGUGUAGUUAAUGCUAUAUUGUGAAAAACACAGCAGCUAAUCUACACACAGCAAGUUCCCACAAACAACAGUAGAAUAAUGAUCAAAGAAUCUUGUUUAGUAAGCUGACUAAGGCAAAAAUAUUGAGCAGGAUGUUAUGGAGAGAUUCGUUGCUCUUCUUCCUAUAUUGCCACAGGAUCCUUUGUGCCCAGCUCAUAUUUUCAUCUGAACAACCUCCCUCCUGCAGAGGAGCACUCCUUCAAUACCAAUGCUCCUUCUAAUUUUAUUCCUUGCACACAGUCUGGUGAUUACAUUGCCUGGUACAUUUCUGAGCUCUGUGAAGCUGUGAACCCAUGCAGCUUGGAAUAAACAUUACCCAGGACUGCACAGAAUAUCAGAUAAAAUACUGAGUAUCCAAAAAAAAUCAAGUGGCACUAUGGAUGAUGUCAUAAUUAAAAGUAAUCUGAAUCAAAAUCCACUGAAUGAAAGUCUCUCUCUGCUGGCUGUAAGAUUCUGAGAGUAGAUUCCAUCUCAUUUCCAACCAACCUGAGUUUGGAGCCUUAUGCUCUCAUACUGCUCUCUAGAUGUAGCCAUGAAUUAGGUAAAAAGGAGAAAUCAUUUCAAUACUACAAUGAAGAACUUCUUUCUAAACUUUGAAGUUAAAGCAUAUUGUUUGGCAGCCUACUUUGCAUCUGACUCUGAAUGAAGUAGAAUCACAGCUGUACAGCACGGAAACAGACACUUCAGUCCAACUUGUCCAUGCCGACCAGAUGUCCUUCAUUGAUCUAGUCCUAUUCGCCAGCAUUUGGCCCAUGUCCCUCUAAAUCCUUCCUAUUCAUCCAGAUGUCUUUUAAAUGUUGUAACUGUACCAGCCUCCACUACUUCAUCUGGCAGUUUGUUCCAUACAUGCACCACCCGCUGCGAGAAAAAAGCGCCCCUUGCAUUCCUUUUAAAUCUUCCCAUCUCACCUUAAAGCUAUACCUUCAAGCUUUGGAUUCCCCCAUCCUGCAAAAAAGACCAUGGCUAUUCACCCUAUCCAUGCCCCUCAUGAUUUCAUAGACUUCUAGAAGGUCAUUCCUCAGCGUCCGACACUCCAGGGAAAAUAGCCCCAGCCUAUUCAGCCUCUCCCUAAUAGCUCAAACCUCCAACUCUGGCAGCAUCCUUGUAAAUAAUUUCUGCACCUUUUUGAGUUUAACAACAUCUUUCCUAUAGCAGGGAGACAAGAACUGAAUGCAGCAUUCCAAAAAUGGCCUAACCAAUGUCCUGCACAGCCGCAACAUGCAUCCCAACUCUUAAACUCAAUGCAUUGACCAAUGAAGGCAAAAGUGCCAAACACCACCUGCGACUCCACUUUCAAAGAACUGUGCACCUGCACCCAUAAGGUCUCUUUGCUCAGCAAUACUGCCCAGGAUCCUACCAUUAAGUAUUUAAGUCCUGCCCUGAUUAGUGGGUACCUGAAGACAAGAUUGCUCUAUGAAUGAGCUAGUAUUGGCAAACUGAACCGAACAGCCUCCUCCUGUGCUGUCAUCAUUCCAUGAUACACCUGACCUAGCAGUAUUCAAGAGAAGGAGCAUUUGAGUGACAUCUAAACCAUGACAGGCCUAAGGCUGAGCACAUUCUGCAUGGUAAUAAGGAAAAAGUCUUACUCUGCAUGGAACUGAAUCCUCAGUAUAGUUGGUCAGUAUAAAUGGGCAAAGAGGUAAUACAGGUGGAGUUUUACUCUGUAUUCAACUUACGACAAUUUGAAAUGGGCAUUGUGAAAAAAUACCUUUACCCACUGCACGAACUCUCAAAACCCAACUCUGAAUCAGAGAGAAUGUUAGAAUGUCAGAGUUUUGUAGGCAUUUGCUCAAGUCUCUUGAACAGAUCAGGAGCAGUGCGACUUUUCUCCUGACCGAUCUACUCUGGACAUAAUCAUUCCCCUGUGCCAGCCAAAAGACAAGUGCAGGGAACAGAAUAUACUUCUUUACAUACUUUCACAGAUCUCACUAAGGAAUUUGACAUUAUCCACAGGGUGGGACUCUGCAUGAUUUUGGGAAAAAGUGACUGUUCACCAAAACACCUCGGUCCCAUUCGCGCUCUCCAUGACAUAAUAUACAAUUAGAUCGUUCCACUUCCAGUAGUGUCAGAGUGAAGAAUGGAGCGAUGCAGGCCUACUGUCCAUCACUUUCUUCUCCCAGCGCCUGAUUUUUUCUGCCCUUCAGAUGAAGGAGUCCACUUGUAUGCCAGGUCAGAGGACAACCUCUAUGGUCUUUUAAGACUGAAAGCAAAGACAAAAACAUGUUACACUGAUCAAAGAUCUCAUCUAUGCUGAUGAUGCCACACCAGCCACAUGAAAACUCAACGGCAAAUACUCAUAGGCUGUCUUUCCCAUUUUGAAAAUUGCUCUCCAUAAGUUUAAACAUUCAUGUUGCAUCGUUAACCCUUAUUACACCAAAUAAAACUCCAAUGGAAGUGGCGAGCAUAUAUUGCUACAUCAAAUUUACAAUGACACGCAGUCUGUUCUUUGGAGCAGGAUAUGAGACAUACAUUGGGAAAGCAGCUUCAACCUUUGGACAACUCAAACCAAAGCACAUGGGAUAACAUCAUGUUAACUCUUAAGACUUUAAGCUGAUGGUUUAUGAAGCUUGGGCUCUCAGCACCUUGCUGCAAUUGGAUAUUUGCAGCUUUCGGUUUCCAUUUUUGUUGUCUGCAACAUCUAAUGGGCAUAUUCUGGCAGGGCAAGUCACAAACAUGGCAGUCCUCAAGACAGAGCUUACAAGUUUGCUAACGCUCAUCAAGCAGAGAUAGCCUUGUUAGUUCAGGCCCAUUCACAGGCUGGAAGACAACUACAUACCCAAGGACCUCUGGUAAGGAGAAAGAACUGGAACUAGGCAAUCAGUCAGAGCCAGCAUUCGGUCAGACAAACAAAGUUCUGCUUCAAGGGUGUUUUCAUGUGCAAUAUGAAAACUCUGGAUGUCAUCACAUCUGGAGAUCACUAAUCAAGCUUGGAGGAAAAUGGUGACACCUCAUAUGGACUUGCAUGUACAGCCUUCAUGAACCAGUGAUUACAACCUGGGAAAAGACUUGCAAUAUUUGAAGGCUACGUGGAAAAGAUAAAGAUACCACAAUCCCACUCCUGAGAGGGUCACCACACCACAGAUGAGGCAGAAGGUUGGGUGGGAAUUGAACCCAUGCUUUUGGCAUCUCUCUGCAUUAUAAACUGGCCAGGCAAAAGUGAGGACUGCAGAUGCUGGAAACCAGAGUUUAGUUCAGAGUGGUACUAGAAAAGCACAGCAGGUCAGGCAGCAUCUAAGGAGCAGGAAAAUCGACAUUUCAGGCAAAAGCCCUUCAUCAGGAAUAGAGGCAGGGAGCCUUC